CACUGUGUUGGUUUAGCAUCUAGAUAUUUAUAUAAUGUUCAGUAAUGCUUCAGAGUCUUUGAUACACUUUGAUAAAUGUGGAUAUAUUGAUCAAGUUCUUUUUACAUUGUGAAAGCUUCGCAAUAAUUUGAUACAACGUAUUAUUCAGUUUUUGAAGUUGCAUCUUUAUUUGGCUAAAUAUUAUAUCGUCGCAUAUGUGUUGACUGACUACGAAAUGCUUUCUGAUUAUUAAAAACAAGAACAGCACAAAUAAUUUCAAAUUAUAUAUUUUAAUAUAUUCUACAUUCAAUAUGAUAAAACAUAAACUACCACAAGAUUGGAUUAUUGUCAGUUCUAAGAGUCAUCCAGACAGAAUAUAUUAUUUCAAUGUAAAAACAAAUAAAUCUACAUGGGUACAACCUUCAACGAUUGAAAUUGAUAAGACACUUUCGGUAAAUGGAAAUCAUAAAAAUCUUGAAGGAAAAUUUUCUUCAAGAGCAAAGACACCUGAACGUGACCUUGUGAACGAUGAAACAAGCCAUAGACAAACACAAAAUAAAAUUGUGAGAACACCACAGAGGAAAGAUGUUCGAGAAACUGGACAUCAGAGAUCAAUUGCCAAGAAUAAACCUCCUUCAAAAUCUUCAUAUACAAAGUCAAGGAAUGAUAAAAGAAUGUCUUCAUUUGUAAAAAGCUCUUCUGCGAAGCAGACAAAUAAUAAUAUAUCGAUGACGUCUCUGCAUAAAGAUAAUAUCAAAACAACAACAUUUACACCACAAAUGUGUGUUCUUCGAGACAAAAUUCAAUUAAGAAACUCGGGUACAUCUAAUCUAAACCAAAAAACGAAGAUAAGUGUCGAAAGCAAACAGCAAACAAAUAUAUCAAAUAAAAUGUCAAUAAAAAUGCAGGAGAGGAAAGGAGAGCAGAGAAAUAUUUAUCGGUUUAAAAAUGGCACUGGGCAAUAUCGAAAUAACCAAAAGAAGGGUGCUUAUACACCACAAGAUAUUUCAAAACAAAGACACUCAUUAAAGAACAAUUUGGCAACAGAACGUAUGCAAACGUUAAGAAGAAGUUUGAAUCUGGAAAAGGAGAAAUUUGAAGAAAUCUGUCGAUCUGUUGGUGCUAACAAAAUUCCAUCAAGACGUAACAGAAGUUUACCUAACUCACAUAACAAUGAUGGCUCGGAAUCUUCAUAUGCUUAUAGAAAUGUUGAGGUUCGACUUAAAAGAUUACAUAACAGAGUUUUAAAAGAUUCAUUAUAUAAAAAUAAUGUUGCAUCAAACAACGAUAAACAAAACAAAUCACAAACUUUACAAGAUAAAACACCAGUUGAUAUUACAACAGACGAAUUAAUAAAACAGGCUAACAAAGAAGUUCUAGAUUAUGAAGAAAUGGAUUGGGAACCAAUGAACGAUGAAGAGAUCACACUACAGGUUGAAGUUGUUAGAGCACAACUCAAUAAAGAAAGUGCAGAUGAUAUAAAUCAUAUACCAGGAAAUACCGUAGAACUAAUGCAAUUUAGUGGAGUGGAAGAAUCACAGGAGAAAGGCCCACUACACAUUGUUGUUGAUACAAAUGUAUUUUUGGUAAACUUAGAAAUUAUUGAAGAGGCAAGAGACACGGUGUUUAAGCAUUAUCCACGCCCUUUUAUUAUAAUUCCAUGGACUGUGAUAUGUGAACUAGAUUACUUUAAGGAAAAUAAAUCUAAAUGGGAAUUGAGAGCAAAGGCCAGGAAAGCUAUAUCUUUUAUUCAUGAACAAUUUUCUGCCAAACAUCCACGUGUCAUAGGACAAACACGAGAACAGGCAGCGCAAAAUAAAGAAGACUUUUCCCUUAAUUGUCCAGACGAUGAAAUCCUUCAGUGCUGCUUACAAAUUCAAAAAUUAGGAAAAUCUGUGGUUUUAUUAUCAUAUGAUAAAAAUCUCUGCACUAAAACAAUGGUGUAUAACAUACUGGCAUUGGGACGUAACGAUCCUCUUGAAAAAAUAAAUUAUAUUAACAUGGAUGAUAGAGCAACCAAUUAUUUGACUAAUGGUCCUAAUGAAACUUCUCUCUUUACCGAAGAAUCACUCUUGACAGAUAAUGUUUUCGAGGAUACAAAGACACUUAUGAAAGAUUUUUUGUCAACGAUCAUUGUUAAGCAAAUGGCAGAGAUUUAUGGAGAGUUAGAAUGGAAGAUAUAUGUUAUUAUAAAACCACCUUGGACUAUAAUAACUGCAUUAAAGUGUGCUGUAAAACACUGGAUUGCCGCAAUAAACGAAUCGUUUCAAAGACAUGCUGAGAGCAAUAUGAAAGACUUACUUCAUGCUUUCGAAAAUACACCAACUGGUGGCAGGAAAUUGCAAGAUGUCGAAUGCAUCUUAGAAAAAUGCAGUAACUUAGUACAAAUGGUUAACACGACUAAGCAUUGUGAACUCAUGACGCAAACAUUUGAUGCUAUUACGGAAUUAAAAAGUCGUUGUCGUAAAUAUAUCACUGAUAUGGAUCAGAAAAAAUUAUACGCAAAAAUAGGUGCAGUAGAAAAUAUCCAAGAGCAAGAAAUGAGAGCAGAAAGAGUAUUUCAAAGUUUCCAGUAUAUCUACAAUUAUGCACGCGACAUAUGUGGUUUGGCAUGUAGCGUCGCAGGAAUUCCGUGUUCUUUUAACUACAGACCUUUAAAUCCACCAAUGUCACAAACGGCUAUACAACAUUUGCAACCAGAAAUUACCAAAAAAAUAAAUGAUUUGACACAAAACUUAAAUAAGUUACUGAUGCAAGCUGAAAAUUCGAUAAAAUAUGAGACAUUGCUUAGUUUACAACACAAUUUAAAUACAUUCUUACCUGAUGCACAGAGAAUGACAGUAGAUGUGGAAAUUUUAGAUAUAUAUUAUUGUGUACAGUUAAAAAAAAAUAUAUUGCAAAAUGGAUUGAGACAAUUACAGGAAUUAAGUACACAUUUUUGCGCAUUAGCUAAUCAUGCAUAAAUUUUUUGGAUUUUGCGAUUACUUUUUGAAUACGUAAUGACAUACAUGAAAAAAAUGUAAAUAUCUUUUUUGUUUGUUUUAUUAUGAUAUAAAUUGAUAUUAUUAAUCUAUUAUUAAGUGUAUUAUUUAAUGAGAGUUAAGCUUUAUUGUGAAAGUGGUGAUUGUUGCGAGAUAUCGGUAGUAUCAACAAAAAAUAUCAAAUCUGCAUUUCUGGGCAAAAAUAUUUUGUAACAAUUUUUUGUAACAAUUUUUUGUUUGAAAAUGAUUGAAUAGCAGAAAAAAUAAAAUUUGUUUGUUUUGUCGCUAAGUAUUAAUUUGGAUAUAAUUUCAGAUCCUUACAAGUUUAUUUUUGGAGAUCAAAUUAUAUAUGGCAGAAAUUCUAAAAAUUUUACACAUACGAUAUUUUUUAGAUACUACCGAUAUUAUUUCACAGUGAUGUAAUUGGGUAAAGAUUAUUUGUUUCAGAAAAAGAUCAUUUGUUUUGCCACUUCUAAAGUUUGUAUAAACAAAAAACUUUAUAAUUGUAUAAAUUAUACAAUUAUAAAUAACAUCACAAUUAUCAAUAAAAUUUCACAGUAACAAAGUA